AUUUACAUUUAUGUAAUAUUUAGUCCGUGUGUUCUUGUUUCAAUUAAAUUUCGAAAGCAACAAGAUGUGUUUUCCUGAUUUGAAAGUUUUUCUUGUGUUGAUAUUAUGUUCUGCAGUGUGCGCAAUUAACCGAGAAUUUGAAUGCCAUGUUGUGCAGGAUGAAAGCGGGUCUACUAAAGAAGUAGAGGUUGUUCAUAUUGCUGCAAAAGGACCAAAUGAUACAAUACAUUAUUUAUGGAGCACAUUUAAGUUGCCCAGUGUGAUAACUGCUCGAGCAUCCAUUGAUUCUGAACUAACUAUAAAUGCCACAAAACUUAAAGCUUUUGACAAAGAUGCGAUAACGUUUAGUGAGGGUCCUUUCGAAGCCAUAGGUAUAAGCAUUUCCAAGAUAUGGGAAUUGAAUUAUAUAAAUGAUUCAAACCUAGUUACUCAACCUAAUUUUACUACACCUGUUGACUUAGAUUUAUUUGAAUGGAUGAAUAUGAGUAGCAGUUUAGAUUGUGGAAAACAUUUUGCUUCAGCCUAUUCAAAAGCUGAUUAUGGUGAUGAUAUUUUCUCUGAACAUGGAGCUAUCAAAAUUCAAUUUAAUGCUUCUGGACAGGAAGAAGCAUCAACUGAAUUCCCUCAUCUAAUUUUUAAUGGCAAAUCCACUUUACUGAAAGUUGAUUUGGACCAUCUGCAUACCGAUCAAUCAAAAACUCGCUUCGGAUUAGAAAUCAGGUUUUUUUCUGUUCCGUGUAGCAACUGUACAUGGCAGCAAUCAACCAUUUUCUCAGUAAAUGAUGAGAAUUCUCCAGGUGUAUUUUCAGAUAUAUCUCUUUCAUCUUCAUGUCCUGGAAGCAAAACAAAUUCUUUUGUUGCUUGGCGCCCUGUGGCUUACGUUGGUGAAGUAAAAAACAUCGCUAAUUCAUCAGAUGCUUUAAUGGUUGGACAGCAUGAGAUAAAUGCUACCAUGACACCUCAUAGUAUAGCUGAACUGUACUUUGAAGGAAAAUCAAAAACCUCUGCUUUUAACAUUUACUUUGGAACAGUUGGUGAUGGAUAUUAUGGAAAAGCAAAAUUUAUUUCUUGGUCCUUUAUGGUUGGAGCUGGCUCUGCAGUAGAAGUUAAAUCCUCCACUGUUGUUUUCAUAGUAAUGGCUGUUGGUCUGGGUGCUUUGCUAUUGUUUUUCGUCGGAGGGGGUGCAUUUUUAGGAUGCAAAUUUUGGUGCAAAAAAGAUGAUGAUCUUCUUCUGAGUGAAGAUAGCAUAAAUUGAAUUGUUUUGUUUAUUUAAUCUUGUUUGUUAAUCUCAUUUUCAAUGCACGUUUUCAAAAUUUGCAACAGAAAUUUUAUUUGAAAAAAAAAAUCGCUAAACUUCCAAAAAAAUCUGGUGUUUUCAUCUCUUUUGUGAGCUAAAUUGAAUAGUUACAUGAUGUAAUAUCCUGAAACAAAUGUGUGUGAUAUAAUUUAUUUUACUGUAUAUAUUUUCAAAUAUUUUAUGUAAAUAUUCAAUUUUAUUUUAUUUGUCGCAUUCACUAUUGUUCAUGCAAUGCUUUAAUUUUCUUAUUCAAAGAAGUUUUAAAUAAAAUUUUAGAAUAAUUGAAUUUGUUUCUGAAAAAUUAAAGUUUUCUCUGUCAAGGCUUGCAGCUUGGUUUUUAAACAUUGUUUUUAUUAAUUUAUUUUUCCCUCUUGAAUUUCUAUGCAAAGUUGACUAAGCCAUGUAAACUUAUUAGUUUUAUAUAAAUUUCAGUGUUUCUUUUCUUUAGAUUUUUUAUUUGUACAAGAUAUCAUAGAGAAUAUACUAAUAAAUUGUUAUGUUUUAAGAGUUAGUACCUAAACAAUCAUUAAAAAAAUCAAUUAAAAUUGUUGUAAGAAAUGUGUGCAGCUGUAAAUUGAAUAGGUAAG